AUGGCGCUGCUCACGCACCUCUUGGCCUGCGUCUUCGGCAGCGGCUCCUGGGCCGCGGUCAACGGGCUGUGGGUGGAGCUGCCGCUGCUGGUGCCCGAGCUGCCCGAGCACUGGUACCUGCCCUCCUACGUCACCGUGGUCAUCCAGCUGGCCAACGUGGGGCCCCUGGCCGUCACGCUGCUGCACCGGCUCCGGCCCAGCGCGCUGAGCGAGGUGCCCACGAUCUACGCCGUGGUGGCCACGGGCGCGCUGGCCUGCCUGCUGCUGGCUUUCCUGUGGGGCUGCACCACGCACGUGGCCGGAGCGCCCCACAGCACGGCCUUCCUCGUCCUCACCUUCUUCCUGGCGCUGGUGGACUGCACCUCCUCCGUCACCUUCCUGCCCUUCCUGGGCCGGCUGCAGCCCCGCUACGUGACCUCCUUCUUCGUGGGCGAGGGGCUCAGCGGGCUCCUCCCCGCCCUCCUCGCCUUGGCCCAGGGCGCCGGCGUCACCCACUGUGCCAACGCCACCCGGGAGGCCAACGGGACCCAGGGCCUCCUGGAGACCCGCUAUUCCCCCGCCCGCUUCUCCCCGCUGGUCUUCUUCCUCCUGAUGACCGCCAUGAUGCUGGCCUGCCUGGCGUCCUUCUUCUUCCUCACGCGGCUGCCGGCCGAGCGGGAGCUGUCCCGGCAGAGCCCGUUCCCCAGCGACGUCACCCUCUGCUCCUUCCGCGGCUCCCCGGAGGCCGGGCCCGGGCCCGGGCCCGGCGGGGGCGACAAGCCAGGCAGCGCCGGCAAAGCGCCCGGCGAGGCCGCCGCGGGCACGGCCGCCUACUCCCCGGCCCGGCUCGCCGGCAUCUACGCGCUCGUGGCCUGGGCGAGCGCGCUGACCAACGGCAUCCUGCCGUCCGUGCAGGCCUACUCCUGCCUGCCCUACGGCAGCGCGGCCUACCACCUCUCGGCCACGCUCGGCGCCGUGGCCAACCCCCUGGCCUGCACCGUCGCCAUGUUCCUGCCCGGCAGGUCUCUCGCCCUGCUCGGGGCCCUCUCGGUCGCCGGGACGGGAUUCGGAGCCUACAACAUGGCCAUGGCGGUCAUGAGCCCCUGCCCCCUCCUGCAGCGCUCGGCCUGGGGAGCUGCCCUCGUCGUCGCGUGCUGGGUGCUUUUCACAGGCACCCUGUCCUAUGUGAAGGUGAUGACCGGGGUGAUCCUGCGGGGCCGCAGCCACGCUGCCCUGGUGUGGUACGGGGCGACAGAGCAGCUGGGGUCCCUCCUCGGGGCGCUUCUCAUGUUCCCCCUCGUGAACGUCUACAGCUUCUUCCGCUCCGCCGACUACUGCAGCCUGCAGUGCCCAGCCUGA